AUCCGAAAGCAUGCGCAUAAGCUACACAUUAUUAAAACAUCUAGGCUAGUUUGCGUACACACCGGAAGAACCUCGGGUACCUACCAACUGUUUUGAAGCUUGCUGGGAAGCUUUGCUAUCAAGUACCAGCUGUUGUCAAGAUCAGUGGGUUGUAUAUAUAAGUAAUGGACAGGUCGGCGGAGGUACUUGUGCUUGUCAGCUUCUUUCUUCAGCUGUUUCUGUUCUUCACUGGUGGGCUUCGGCAACGCACAAGAAACCCUUUGCUUCGAUGCAGCAUAUGGGUAGCGUAUGCGGGAGCUGACCUGGUAGCAAUCUACGCUCUCGGUGUCCUGUCACGAGAUGCGAAUGCGAUGGAAAACGGAACAGCGUCCCUUUGGGCACCUUUCCUCCUCAUCCAUCUCGGUGGCCAGGACACCAUCACCGCCUUCUCCAUGGAGGACAGCAGCCUGUGGAAGCGGCAUGUGCUGAACCUGUUAGUCCAGGUGACCCUAGCGCUGUACGCCUUCUUCUUCUUCUGGAAGCCCAGCAGCACGCAGGUUCUUUUCCCCGGCGUCCUGCUGUUUGCCGCUGGGAUCAUCAAGUACGGAGAGAGGACAGCAGCCCUGAUGCAGGGGGACCUGAGCAGCAGCAUGGUGGUGGAGGAGCUGGUCACCUCCGACAACAGCAGAUCAGAGCAGCAGCAGCAGCAGAAACCAGCACCCGAUCUCGCGAACAUCUGUGCUGACGCGUUGCGUUCGGCGCCGGGGAUCCGGAUGCUGUUCGCAGGCCACACGACGGCAAAAGUGGCCGGCGAUCUUAGGAGCAUCGUCGACUCCUAUCCCUCGCCCUCCUCGUUUGAUAGGCAUACUUCCCUGUUCACGUUGAUGGAUGUGGAGCUUGCCAUGGUGUACAGUGAUCUCUACACUAAGGCCGCAGUGCUCCGUACGAGGGCAGGCAUCGUAUUCCGGUGCAUCUCGCUGGCGUGUACCGUUGCCGCUCUCACCCUCUUCUUCUUCUUCUCGUCUUCGUCCUCCUCAUCCUACAGCAGCAGCGAUGGUGCCAUCGUCAUCACCUACACGCUGUUCAUAGGAGGGCUUGCCGUGGACGUCUGCUCCCUGCUUAAGGUGUACAUGGCGUCACCUUGGGCAUGGGCGUGGGCGUGGCUGCGUCACCCUCGGACUCGGGCUGCUUCUCGCGUCUCUCGGUGCCUUCUCUCCUGGUGGGACAUGACAAGCAGGCCGCUGUGGUCAAACACCAUGGGGCAGUACAGGUUCGUAUACUACGACGACGAAUCCAGGUCGUGGUCGCCGCCGCCGUCUAGGCUCUCCGAGGUAGUGAUGUGCAUCGUGGGGAAGCUGGUCGGCGUCGGGAGGGACAAGGGGGGUUCGUUCUGUCUCAACAGGCUGCUGAAGACCAAGCAGGUGGUGGUGGACGACAAUGUCACCCUGUGCCUGGUGAAGGAGAUAGACGACAUAGCCACCGCCGCUCGCCAGCCGCGCGAUGAGCAGAAGCAGCAGCAGUGGUGGUGCCUCGGGCAGCUGCUACUGGAGGCAACGCAGCGGCGGCAGGAGCUGGCCAACGAUUUUGUCCGCCUUGUAUCCUGGCUGCACGCAUGCACGGAGACCCUCCUGUGUCAGGCUGCGGAUGCGGCGGCGGCCAACAAGGAAAUCAGCAUCGCCACCGGCACCGCAGGCGCCGCCGCUUCGGCCGACGUCUGCCGGAAGCUAUCCAGGUACAUGAUGUACCUGGUGGCUGCAAACCCAGGAGGUGCUGCUUCCUCGCUUUUGCAGGAAGGCAACCCUGAAGCGGAGUUUCGGCGCUGUGAUGGGUACCGUAGCUGUCGCACGGUUGACGAGCAGCGGGAUGCUUGCAUGCGCCUUCUGUGUGACGGCGGCGGCCCUGCAGCAGCGGAGGCCAUGUCGACGACGCUGUGGCCCUGCUCGGCGACGUGGGAUGAGACACUGGAGGAGCUGAAGCACAUGUGGGCAAGGCUGCUCGUGUACGCCGCCUCCAGGUCCAGGCCCGAGGCGCACGCGGCGGCGCUGGCGAGAGGCGGGGAGCUCUUCACCUUCGUGUGGCUUCUCUUGUCCCACCACGGGCUCGGUGCUUCCUCCACUGCCUUCCGGGUGGAGGUAGAUCUGGUGAAAGCUCAUCGCAAACAUGUCGACGACGACUCAUCAAAGAGGGAAAGAAGAUACUACGUCUUCGACAAUCUCCCAGUGCACAUGCAGAUGGUUAACCGCCCACAACUGCAGAGCAAGCUAGCUUCGUCAACACCCACAGGAUCCGAGUCCCACUAUUUGGCUGACUCCACGGUGGACCCCUAGACAAUUACUGGAGGAACAAGCUUCAGCUCUUGUGGUUGCUAUACAAUAUAUUAAUUGUUUCCACUUUUACAUCUUUUAUCAAUAAAAAUAAAAUCAUGACGUUAUCGCUGAAAAUUGCAAUACACAUACCUUAUUAAAUAUAUAAUAUAUGGAGAUUAUUGCAAUAGAGAACAUAUAGCAGUUGAUUUCAUUGUCUGUUAUACUAUUAUUCAUGUUGUUGUGACUGCUACUACUGUAUUAAUCUUUUAUAUAUUAUGUAUUGAAUUUAUGCGCAUCAAUUUCUUCAUCCUA